AUCAUAUCAAACUCAACACUCUUCACUUCGUUAUAUCCGCCUCCUCCUUGUUUAACAACUAUCUCUCUCGAUUUCUCCGAUCUCACGGAGCUCUCUGCAAUGUCUCACUCUAUCCAAUUCUCAACUCCUUCGCGCACUCUCCACCUCCCUCACUCACGUCUCCACCGUCCUCUCUCUUCCUUCUCCUUCCGCCAAUUCCCUCUAACCUCCACCUUCAAGCACACCUCACUCCGAGCUUCCUCCUCUCCGUCUCCCGAUUCCUCCUCCUCAUCGUCGGUUCUUCACUCUCCCAACGGCACUCCGGCCGUCAAAUCAGAGGAGAGAUCCUCCGGGAUAGACGUCGAUACAGUGACGGAAGCCGAGCUUAAAGAGAACGGAUUCAGAAGCACGAGGAGGACGAAGCUGAUCUGCACCAUCGGGCCCGCCACGUGCGGGUUCGAGCAGCUCGAAGCGCUCGCAGAAGGAGGCAUGAACGUGGCGAGGCUCAACAUGUGCCACGGCACUCGGGACUGGCACCGCAAUGUUAUCCGUAGCGUUAGGAGGCUUAACGAGGAGAAAGGAUUCGCGGUUGCGAUCAUGAUGGAUACUGAAGGUAGUGAGAUUCACAUGGGAGAUCUCGGCGGCGAAGCGUCUGCUAAAGCAGAGGAUGGUGAGGUUUGGACGUUUACUGUUAGAGCCUUUGAUGCUUCUCGUCCUCAACGUACCAUUAGUGUCAGCUAUGAUGGUUUCGCUGAAGAUGUAAGAGUUGGUGAUGAGCUUCUUGUUGAUGGUGGAAUGGUUAGAUUUGAUGUGAUUGAGAAGAUUGGUCCUGAUGUCAAGUGUCUAUGUACCGACCCUGGGUUGUUGCUUCCUCGCGCUAACUUGACUUUCUGGAGAGAUGGGAGUCUUGUUCGUGAGCGUAACGCUAUGCUUCCAACCAUUUCCUCCAAGGACUGGUUGGAUAUUGAUUUUGGAAUUGCUGAAGGUGUGGACUUCAUUGCUGUAUCCUUUGUCAAGUCUGCUGAAGUAAUUAAUCAUCUUAAAAGUUAUCUUGCCGCUCGUCCCGGUGGAGGGGACAUAGGAGUGAUUGCAAAGAUCGAGAGUAUUGAUUCACUGACCAACUUGGAGGAAAUCAUCCUAGCAUCAGAUGGAGCUAUGGUUGCAAGAGGUGACCUGGGAGCUCAGAUACCUCUUGAGCAAGUUCCAGCAGCUCAACAGAAGAUAGUCAAAGUCUGCAGAGAGCUUAACAAACCCGUCAUUGUCGCCUCACAGCUACUCGAGUCCAUGAUUGAGUACCCAACUCCAACCAGAGCAGAAGUAGCCGACGUUUCCGAAGCAGUAAGGCAGAGAUCAGACGCGUUGAUGCUCUCUGGAGAAUCAGCUAUGGGUCAGUUCCCGGACAAGGCUCUCACGGUUCUUAGGAGCGUCAGUCUGAGAAUCGAAAGAUGGUGGAGGGAAGAGAAACGCUACGAGGCUACACCACUUCAAGCCAUAAGCUCUGCUUCUUCAGACAAAAUCUCUGAAGAAAUCUGCAACUCUGCUUCUAAAAUGGCUAACAAUCUUGGAGUGGACGCGGUCUUCGUGUACACAAAGAACGGACACAUGGCGUCUCUAGUCUCCCGAUGCCGCCCUGACUGCCCGAUCUUUGCUUUCACGAACACAACCUCGGUGAGAAGACGCUUAAACCUACAAUGGGGACUGAUCCCAUUCCGUCUAAGCUUCUCAGAGGACAUGGAGAGCAACUUGAACAAAACAUUCUCUUUACUGAAAUCAAGGGUAUGAUCAAGUCGGGUGACCUCGUGAUCGCUGUCUCUGACAUGCUGCAAUCCAUCCAGGUCAUGAAGGUUCCCUAGAUUUCACUCUCUUUUAACA